AUGCUGCAAUUUAACAGUCAGCAAGAGUUUCUUUUCCUAAAGCAUAAAGGCAGAGAGAUGGAAACACCAAACAUCCUCCUGCAGCCCAGCAAGGGGAAGGAGAAGGAAGUCAUUCAUGUAGACACGCAGAGUGGUUCCUCUGCCACCGCUCCCUUGAACACGCAGUCCCUACUGCAACCAGGACCUGAGGGGAAUUACAACUAUUAUGUGGAUGAUGAAGAUGAGGAAGAUGAAGAGAAAGAACAAGGAAAAUGGCAACAUGAAGAUGCAUUUAAGGGAGAAAGCAAGGCGUCAUCAUUUAUUCCUUGUUCUCCUGCUCUUUCCUCUAGAUCCCCGGCCACAUCAUCUGCUCCAUCCAUACUGAACAUCAAUGUUGGUGGCCAAAGUUACCGCCUCACCUACCAGGCAGUGGCCAUCUACCCCAAGACCCGCCUGGGCCGCCUGGCUACCUCCACUGACCGCCGCUGCCAGCUGGGCCUGUGCGAUGACUACGCUGCCCAGGUUGAUGAGUAUUUCUUUGACCGGGACCCAGCCGUCUUCCAGCUGGUGUACAAUUUCUAUGCCUCGGGAGUGCUGCGGGUGAGGGACGAGCUGUGCCCCCGUAGCUUCCUGGAGGAGCUGAGCUACUGGGGCGUGCGUCUCAAAUACACACCCCGCUGCUGCCGCAUCUGCUUCGAGGAGCGCCGGGACGAGCUGAGUGAGCAGCUGAAGGUCCAGCGGGAGCUGCGCUCCCAGGCAGAGGCUGAGGAGAAUGAGCAGCUUUUCCACCACAUGCGCUACUAUGGCCCCCAGCGCUGGCGCCUCUGGAACCUCAUGGAGAAGCCCUUCUCCUCUGUCACCGCCAAAGUGAUGGCAGUGGCCUCCAGCUUCUUUGUGCUCAUCUCCGUGGUGGCUCUGGCACUCAACACAGUAGAGGAGAUGCAGCAGGUAGAUUGGAAGAGUGGGGAUAGUCGGCCUGUCUUGGAGCAUGUGGAGACCUUGUGCAUUGCAUUCUUCACACUGGAGUACCUGCUGCGCUUGGUCUCUACCCCAGACCUGCGCCGCUUUGCCAGCAGUGCCCUCAAUGCAGUAGACCUCAUUGCCAUCCUGCCCCUCUAUCUGCAGCUACUGCUUGAAUGCUUUACUGAUGAUGACCAGCCCCGGGGUCGGGGCUCCCAACACGAGCACGAUAUUGAGAAGGUGGGACGGGUGAGCAAGGUAGGACAAGUGCUUCGCAUCAUGCGCCUCAUGCGCAUCUUCCGCAUCCUCAAGCUGGCCCGCCACUCCACAGGGCUGCGUGCCUUCGGCUUUACCUUGCGCCAGUGCUACCAGCAGGUGGGCUGCCUUUUGCUCUUCAUUGCUAUGGGCAUCUUUGCCUUCUCUGCCAUGGUCUACACAGUGGAGCACGAUGUCUCCAGUACCAACUUCACCAGCAUUCCCCAUGCUUGGUGGUGGGCUGCCGUCAGCAUCUCUACAGUGGGAUAUGGAGAUAUGUGUCCAGAAACUCACCUUGGACGCCUGUUUGCUUUCCUCUGCAUCGCUUUUGGAAUAAUCCUGAAUGGCAUGCCCAUCUCCAUCCUCUACAAUAAAUUCUCAGACUAUUACAGCAAGCUGAAGGCCUACGAGUACACAGCUCUCAAGAAAGAAAGAGGGAAGGUUGACUUCACACGGAGAGCCAUGAGGAAAAUAUCUGAGUGCUGCGGAGAAGGUGCAUCCCACCCUUUGCCACAGCAAUGAUAGUUUGGGCUUUGGAUAUUGGGAGGCCACCAAGAAGCUGGAGGAGAAAGAGGAAAAACAAAUCAGCCAAAAAAUAAAUUAAAA